CAGUCACCUUAAAAGUAAAAAGGUGGAAUUUAACCAGUCCUACCACUACACAUCGCUGAUCUGCGGUGGGAGAACAGCAGUGCCUGUUGUCAAGCUCAUCGAAUUUCUUGGGCAGAUAUUUUACGGUGAAUUUAUUAAAAAAAUGGUAUCUCUCUUCUUCUCGCAGCCAAUGACUCCAGUCAUGACGGGCCUAGAGGAGCAGGAAAAACUCCUGGAGGAUGCCAUUGGAGUUGUCAAGGUUCAAGCAUUUCAGAUGAAACACUGUUUGGACAAUGCCAAACUUAUGGACGCCCUGAAGCAUGCGUCGACGAUGCUGGGGGAACUGAGAACAUCGCUAUUGAGCCCCAAGAGUUACUACGAAUUGUACAUGGCAAUCACCGAUGAACUUCGUCAUUUAGAACUGUAUUUACUGGAUCAGUAUCAAAAGGGAAAGAAAGUCACCGAUCUUUAUGAACUCGUUCAGUACGCAGGGAAUAUCGUACCUCGUUUAUAUUUACUGAUAACCGUAGGGUUAGUUUACAUAAAAACCAAUCCAUGCCUGAAGAGAGACCUACUCCGAGACCUUGUAGAGAUGUGUCGAGGUGUGCAGCACCCUCUGCGUGGUCUCUUCCUCCGUAAUUACCUCCUCCAAUGCACGAGAAACAUUCUACCAGACGCGCCCGAGGGCGACGACGAGGAAGGAACUGUACGCGAUAGCAUCGACUUCGUUCUCAUGAACUUCGCAGAGAUGAACAAACUGUGGGUGAGGAUGCAGCACCAGGGUCACAGCAGAGACAGGGAGCGAAGGGAGAGGGAGAGGGAGGAAUUAAAGAUUUUAGUUGGGACUAAUUUGGUGAGGCUGAGCCAACUGGAGUCGGUGACACUGGAGAUUUACAAGAGGCUGGUGCUCCCUGGUAUUCUGGAACAGGUCGUCAGCUGCAGGGAUGCCAUUGCUCAGGAGUACCUCAUGGAGUGCAUUAUCCAAGUAUUUCCAGACGAAUUCCAUCUGCAGACAUUGAAUGCUUUCUUGAAGUCCUGUGCAGAGCUGCAUAAUGGAGUGAAUGUCAAGAAUAUUAUUAUUUCGUUGAUCGAUCGUUUAGCAACUUUCAGUCAACGGUCUGAUGGGGUUGGGGGCCCUGGGAGUCCCAGCCAAAUACCGGGAAUACCUCAGGACGUCAAGUUGUUUGAUGUCUUCAGCGAUCAAGUUGCUACGAUUAUUCAGACACGUCAGGACAUGCCACCGGAGGACAUAGUUUCCCUCCAAGUGGCUUUGAUAAAUCUAGCCCACAAGUGCUAUCCAGAUCGUGUGGAUUACGUCGAUAAAGUAUUAUUUACAACAGUUCAGAUAUUCCAGAAGUUGAAUGUUGAGAAAUUGGAAUACAACAGUGCAGUAUCGAGAGAGCUCUCUCGCUUGAUGAAGAUUCCAGUGGAUAACUACAAAAACAUCCUGACAGUCCUGAAGCUGGAAAACUAUGCUCCCCUCCUCAAUUAUUUCGACUACGAAGGAAGGAAGCUCCUCGCGGUCUACAUAAUCACCAACAUACUGGACAACGAGACCUUAAUUCCCACACAGGAGCUAGUGGAUGCAGUACUGUCAGUGGUGUCGCCCCUCGUUCAGGACCAGCCAGAUCAGCCUACCAUCGAGGAGGAUCCCGAAGACUUUGCUGAGGAGCAGGGCCUCCUGGGGCGUCUUAUCCACCACUUCAAAUCCGACACAGCUGAUCAGCAGUAUAUGAUCCUCAGUGCAGCGAGGAAACACUUCUCAGCAGGUGGAAACAAGAGGAUAAAGUACACUCUUCCUGCCAUUGUCUUUCAGGCUUAUCAGCUAGCUUUCACCUACAAAGCCCUGAAGGAUCAGGACGAGAUGUGGCAGAAGAAAUGCCAGAAGAUAUUUCAGUUCUGUCAUGCAACGAUAACAGCACUUAUGAAGGCUGAACUCGCUGAGCUACCCCUUAGGCUGUUUCUUCAGGGGGCACUUGCCAUCGGUGAAAUUAGAUUUGAUAAUUUUGAAAUGGUAGCUUACGAGUUCAUGAGCCAAGCUUUCUCAAUCUAUGAGGAUGAGAUCAGUGACUCUAAGGCUCAGCUGGCAGCUAUCACCCUGAUUAUUGCCACUUUUGAACAGAUGAGCUGCUUCAGCGAGGAGAAUGCUGAGCCUGUGAGGAAUCAGUGUGCGCUAUAUGCCAGUAAAUUACUAAGAAAGCCUGAUCAAUGCAGGGGAGUGGCCACUUGCUCUCACGUAUUCUGGUCUGGAAAGUCACUGGCCACUGGGGGGAAAGAGAUGCAGGAUGGGAAUAAAGUGCUGGACUGCCUUAAGAAAGGAAUCAGAAUUGCCAGUCAGUGUAUGGACACUUCCGUCCAGGUACAGCUUUAUGUGGAGCUGCUGAAUCAUUACAUUUAUUUCUACGAAAAGGAAAAUUCGUCGGUUACUGUACAAAUACUGAAUCAAGUUAUUGCCAAGAUCAAGGAGGAACUGCCGAAUCUGGGGGUCAGCGAGGAGACUGAACAGAUUCAGAAGCAUUUGGCUAAUACUCUGGAGCAUCUGAAGAACAGGAUGAGGUAUUCAGACUCUCAGGGGCAGCCUUACCAUGGGCUUGUUCUCUAAUUCUUGGAGAUUACAGGCUUUCGAAAUUUGUAUCUAUAAUUUUGUAAAUAGUUGAGGUAUGUUUCCACUGAAUUUUUUCACUGAUUUGUAAAUUUUGAUGAUGGAAUUAAUGUGAGAAACAGACUCGGUCCGUGGAUAUGCGUAAUUUCCGGUGAUUAAGAGAGGAAUGAAAUUAAUUAAUCAUGUGAAUGUGCAAUUUUUAUCAUGAAAACGUGACUUCAACGGUUUUUUGCCGAUUGUCACAAGCGUCUGACGAGCAUCGAUUGAAAUUUUUUUCUUCAAGUUAUUACAAAAGUAAAUGAAAUAAUGUAUUACCUGUAAAUUUGUUACAAUGAAGCACUAUUUGCAAAAUUAGCAAAA